AUGGCGUAUAACAAUGAAAAAGAAGCACGCCGUAGUUGGUAUUUCUCAUAUAAAGAUAAACAUAGGCGAGUUGGAGAAAUGAUACGAGAGAAAUUUGCAUAUAAAUUUUUAAUCCGCCAUUAUGCAAAAAAGUUAAAGGAGUGUCAGGAUCACGGUAAAGCUCUCAAUUUCAAACUCAAUUCCAUAGAAAAAGCAAAAAAUAAACAGUUAUUGCAAAAACAUCUAUCUGAAUGGGAGUAUAAAACACGAGAAGCAAAAGGUUUAACGAUUAAAGUUCCAAUGCCUAAUUCACCUGAUUUCUCGUCAUCUUUUUACUCAGAUUCUAGCGAUACUGGAAGUCUAACAGGAGGUAUGCGCCAAAAAUUUGAUACAAUCCAUAGACAUAGUAGAAGAACUAGUGAUAUUUUGGGUAAUAUUGAAGAGGAAUUACAUUCUAGCGAUAAUGAGGAUAGUGAAAAUUCAUCAAACUCCAUAAUUAUCGAAGGUACGUCUAAUACUGAUAUACCGCCCCUAUUUAAUGACCCGAAUUCUUCUAGUUCAGAUGAUUCAGAUGAUGAGGAAAUUCGAAGUUUAUCUUCUUCAGAUGAUGAUAUUCAUACAAGUUGUAGACAAAUCCACAUUCAGAAUAUUAGAUUACGACGUAAGGCAGAACAAGAUUUACUAGAAUGCCGCAAUGAAAAGGGCCUAUUGGAAUUUAAUCGAGAUCGCCUUGUGAAUGAUCUUGAAAUAGCUGAGGAUGAUAUCAUCGAUCAGAACCGAAUAAUAAAUAUUUUAAAUCAAGAAAAUUUAUUGCUUCGGAAUAAUAAUCCGCAUAUAAAUAACAAUCGAACAGGUAUGGUUGGUUACGAAUUAAAAAAAUUUCAUGGAUCUCCUACUGAAGAUCCCGAAGAACAUAUUGAAGAAUUUAGAUUGUGGCUUGUAGGUUCUGGAAUAGAUGUAGGUGCUGGCCAUGCUAAUAGAAUUAAUGCUCAUGGUGUUUUUAUAGCGUCUCUCAAAGGUGAUGCUAAAGAUUGGUAUGAAAGAACCAUCCAUGGAAAAAAUUGGGAAUUGAGGAAUUUACUUGAUAAUACGGCACAAGCUAAUUUAGGUGCCGUUCAAGGACAAAAUGCAGGCCAAUUGGGAGCACAAGCAUUAAAUCGUGCAAAUGGGCAGAAUGGUAAUGUUAUAAUUCCAGCUCAUACAGUAUUUGAUGAAGACUGGUCUUUUGCUGAUGGACGACCAACUGAUCGUUUACCUAAUGCACCAAAUACUAAUACAGGUAAUACUGUAGUUGUACCUGGUAUUCGACUCGGACAAGUAUUAUACUGGUUUAGAACUAACUAUCCUACAGUUACUGCAGAGAAACAACGAGUACUUUUUGGUUCAACUGUUCAAGGAAGUGAUCCUGUUGGCCGUUUCUAUUCUAAUUUGCGAAGGUUAGCUAGGCUUGCAGGUAUAGAUGUACAACAAAUUCGAUUACAAUUUAUUCGUGGACUUUCACCCGCCAACCAGAUAGAAGUUCGUCGUUUAGGGCUUGAAAAAUCUGUAGAUGAAUUACUUCCAAAACUUGAAGAAAUCGAAAGAUAUACAGCAGAACAGUUAUCUGGAGCUUAUUUACGUCCAAUUUCAGAUCCAACGUCAACAAAUAAAAUUCGUAAUAAAGAUAAUGUUUCAGAUAAUACCGGUAUGACUGAAACUGAUAUCAAAAACUUAGUAAAAUCUAUGAUUUCCUCUUCAGAACAAGAUGAAUCUUCUCAAAUUCACGAAAGAAAAUUAUUACGUCCUAGUCAAAUGGAACCAGGAAAAAUAUAUCGGGGUCCAGGUUUGCGCUUAAAUGACCAAGAAUGGCUUCGAAUGGAUGAGGCAACAGAUCGUCUUAGUGCUUUAGCAGGUCCAUCUUAUCUACAAACUUUCAUGGAUAAAAUUAGUAAAGGAAUAAUGGAUAGAAUUACGCCUCUCUUACCCCAAAAGAAAAAAAAUACUUCUAAUGAUGGUAUGGAUGAAAUUACUAAUGGUAUGGCAGAAUUAUCAAUAAAUAAUGCUAUAGCAAAAGGUAUUGAAGCAGGCGUCAAUGCUGUUAUUAAAUCAUCCAAACACCGUUGUUCGAAUUGUAAUAGAACUGGACAUAAUUCUCGCAAGUGUACUCGUAAGAAAAGGUCCAAGAGUAGAUCCAAAAAGAGAGGCAGUGUUAAUAAGGUUGCUGUAGAUUCGGGUUCAGAUACAAACUCUUCCAAUAAUGAUUCUUCAGAUAAUAACUCCGAUUCUGGGGAUUCCUCGUCUGAAGUUGAAUCUGAUCAUAGUUUUGAUAAUGAUAAGUCUUCGGUAUCUGAUCAAAUUUCUCAAGAGACAGAUAGUGAUAAGGAUGACAAUAUAACAUUGGAGGAAUGGCAUGCUCCUAGGUAUGAGAAAGAAAUGUAUGAUGCAACAAAAAUUAUCACUAAUCUUAAUACUCUUGUUUAUCACUACAUUGGAUUACCUGGUAAAGAAAAUAGAGAGUAG